AUGGAAGAAAUCCUGGCCAUUGAGGCCGCGCUGAAAGUCCAAGUGGCACAUCGACAGCAAGAACUGAAGGCCAGAGUCAAAGCCAUUGCUUUGCAGAAAGAGCGCGAAGAACAACGACGCGACCAGUGGCUCGAAGCAAUUUCCCACCAAACAGAACAAGAAGAACGAGAAUGGAACGAGGUAUUCGAAGCAAUCGCUCUUCGAAAAGAGCAAAAACUUCGAAAAGAGCAAAAACGAGAACGUGAACAUCAAGAAGAACUCGAUCACCAACACGCUCUCCAUCUCCAGCAAGAAGAAGAAUCCCGCCUCGCAGCCGCCGAAGCAGAACGCAACCGUCCCCGAGAAUGCAUCUGCUGCGGCGACUCCCACCCUCCUCAAAACUUCCCCUCAAAACCCGCUACAGCCUCCUGUUCCCACGACAGCCAAACCUGCACAGAAUGCAUGCACACCUGGUUCGCCUCUCAACUCGACGCGAAGGGAGCAACCGAAGAUUUCACAUGUCCUCAAUGUCCCUCUGUUCUCACCCACUCCGAACUUCAACUCUACACUUCCCCUGAAACUUUCUCUCAUUAUGAAAAACUCCUCACGCGAAAUGCUCUUUCUCAAUUGCCUGAAUUCGCUUGGUGUCUUGACCCGAAUUGCUCAUCUGGCCAACUCAACUUUAAUAAUAACAAUAACAACAAUCUCGCAGCAGCAGCAACAGCAGCAGCAGCAGCUCCAGCACCAUAUAUGAACUGCGUAGCCUGCGGCUAUCAGCAAUGCGUACAUCACAAAUGUGCCUGGCAUCACAACGAAACGUGCGCGCAAUAUGACCUUCGCAUGAAAGCUCGUCGAGACGACGACGAGGAGAAUAAGAAGAAUGAGAGAAAAACAGAGGAAAUGUUGGAUAGCGUGAGUAAGAAAUGUCCUGGUGCGGGUUGUGGAUGGAGGAUUCAGAAGGUGGAUGGGUGUGAUCAUAUGAGGUGUAAACAAUGCAAACACGAAUUCUGCUGGGAAUGUCUUGCCAAUCAUCAGGAAAUUAAAAAAAUUGGAAAUACAGCACAUCAGACAUGGUGUAAAUUUCACAGUCGGAAUUUGGAUAUUGCGUGGCCUUUUAAUAUGCAUUCGUGA